UGGGUCUUCUCUUUCACCUUCACUCCCUAGUUCUUUGUAAUCCUUUUCGGUCUCUUGCGGUCCUCGGCAUCGAUCAUGUCUGGCCGGUUUGUGCGUUCCUCGAAGUAUCGCCACGUCUUCGGGCGUUCGACGAGAAAGGAGCAAUGCUAUGACAACCUUCGAAUCUCGCGAAAUGCGUGGGACACCAACCUGAUCAAGGUUAACCCGAAGCAUCUUGCCGUCAAUUGGGAAGCUGGUGGUGGUGGUGCUUUCGCCGUUGUUCCUCUCGAGGAACGAGGCAAGCUGCCAGAGCGCAUCCCUCUGUUCCGUGGCCAUACCGCAGUGGUUCUCGACACCGACUGGAACCCUUUCGACGAUGAUUUGAUUGCCUCUGGUUCCGACGACGGAAAGGUCUUCCUCUGGCGGGUUCCGGAGAACUUCACUGUCCGUCCUGAUGCCGAUGCGGACGACAUUCAAGACAUUGUUCCCGUUGGAAAGCUCGCCGGUCACCCGAAGAAGGUCGGCCACGUGCUCUUCAACCCCGCGGCGGAAAACGUGCUGGCAACGGCUUCGGGAGACUACACGGUGAAGAUUUGGGAUAUUGAGGCUGGUGCGGCGAAGCUCACGCUGGAUGUUGGUGACAUUGUUCAGUCCCAGGCGUGGAGCGCCAAUGGCUCUCUGCUGGUGACAACUUCCCGCGACAAGAAGCUGCGCAUCUGGGAUGUCCGUCAGGAACGGCCCGCGCAUGAGACCAAUGGCCACUCGGGAGCCAAGAACAGUCGUACUGUCUGGCUGGGCGAGCGCGACCGGAUCGCGACCACCGGUUUCUCAAAGAUGAGUGAUCGCCAGCUGGCUCUCUGGGAUAUUCGCGCCGUCCGGGAACCGAUCAAUGGUUUCAAGACCCUGGACUCGAUCUCUGGUGUCUGCAUGCCCUUCUGGGAUGACGGUACCAGCUGUCUUUACCUGGCUGGACGAGGCGACGGAAACAUUCGUUACUUCGAAUUGGAAAACGAUAAGUUCGAGUUCCUUUCCGAGUACAAAUCCGCCGACCCCCAGCGUGGUGUCGCAUUCAUGCCCAAGCGCGGUGUCAACAUGCACGAGAACGAGGUGACUCGCGCCUUCAAGACCGUCAACGACGGUUACAUCGAGCCCGUCUCUUUCAUCGUCCCUCGUCGGUCGGAGAACUUCCAGGAUGAUAUCUACCCGCCCACAUUCGGUCUUACUCCCGCCAUGAGCCCCUCCGAGUGGUUUGCAGGCAAGGAGGCCAUUCCUCCUAAGAUUUCCAUGGCCAGCCUCUUCGAUGGUGAGGGCCUGAAGGAAGUUUCUGGUGUCCAGGAAAAGCCCACCGGUACUAUUGAUGCCCCUACUCCUAAGCCCGCUCAGCCCGAGCCCGUUGUUCCCAAGGUUGCCCCCAAGGCUGCUCCAGAGCCUGCGCCUGAGCCGGCCCCCGUCGCUCGUCCUGCUCCGUCCAUUAAGGAGCAGGGUGCCUCAAUGGCCGCCAUGGUCAACAAGUUCGCCGACGAUGAGGAAGUUGAGGAGCCUGCGGAUGAUGACUCCAGCUUUGAGGAGGUCCCCAAGCCCAUCGAGCGCCCUGCUCGCUCGCCUGUUGCUGAGUCUGCUUCUCCACGAGUCAGCAGCCCGCUGCAACCAAAGGAGCCUGAGCCCGAGGUCAAGCCGCAAUCUCCUGUUGCUACUGCCACCGCUUCCUCGCCUGUGAGCGAGUCCACCGCCCCAGCCAGCCACAAGGAAAUCGAAGAGAUUAAGAACCUGAUCGCUCAGCAAACCAAGAUCAUUGCCGACCAGGCCUCGCAUAUCCAGAAGCUGACAUCCGAGGUUGAAGCUCUGAAGAGCAAGCUGAACUGAAGCAGGUAAAACUGUGAGAUGUGACUAAAUAUGUGCGAAUGGGGAGGUUCUAAUGUCCAUUUGGUGCUUGGACAUAGUGAAGAUAGGUUUGGGCGUCGAUACCUAAACAUACAUGCAUGUGUACAUGCUCAGUGUCUCGGUGGAGAUGACAAGGAUGGAUACGCUACGGCCUGUGGAUAGGUAGUCUUGUUUUUUUAGCGGAUUUGUCAAUACAUCGGUUGCCAAAAGCAGAUCUUGUCGAG